AGACGACGCCUGCGCGCAGAGCAGGACCUGGCUCGCGGCCUAAGUUGACCACGGCUACUGGGGGUGCAGUAGGAGCGGCCCCAAAAUCUCGGGUCGGUGCUGCUUUUCCACCCCCAUCUCACGGUCGAAAGCCUGUCCACCGACGCUCAUCGGCCCCGUCAUCCCCUUCUGACGACGAUUCUCCUGAGUCCUCCUACUCCUCCCGCUCCCCCUCUCCAAGCCGCGUGGCUUCCUCAUCAGGGUCGCAUUCCAGCAGUAGCAGACGCGGUUCGCAUGCAUCAGGCAGACCACCAGCAAGGAGUGGCCGUGAUCGGGGACUGCAACCGAGAAGACGGGCGCCGCCCGGGGCACGAGUACUUCGGGAAAUCAAGAGACUUCGGGAGUCGACAGAUCUCUUGAUUCCCAGGAUGCCUUUUUUGAGACUCGUUCACGAAGUCGCUCAAGACUGUACACCUCCUUACGCCCUCACCUACAGGUGCGUUAUCUCCCCCUUUCUCGGUCCAGGAUGA